CGUCAUUCACACUUCCGGUUCGCCAAGCCCAAGAAAAAAUAUCAAAACAAAAUUUAGCAGCACAUUUUCGGUUCAUUAAUAGGGAAAUGAAACGCAUACUUCAGCUUAUUUUUAAUAUAUGAUGUGAAAUGAGCUAACAAAGGUAUCUCUGACAUUGUUAGUGCCUAGAAGUGUUGUCCAGCACUAACAGCAGAAAUGGCGAGGGAACCGGUGGUGGUCAAUAUUUACGACAUGUAUUGGAUAAACGAGUAUACCUCACAUAUUGGAGUUGGUGUUUAUCACUCAGGAGUUAGUAUAUAUGGUACAGGUAAGUAUGCCUAUGGUGGCCAUCCAUUCCCUAUGUCUGGUGUGUUUGAGAUUAUCCCCAAAGAUGCAGAGGAUCUUGGGGAACAUUCAAGUUUAAGUAAAAAAUCUGUAGUACUGGGAUCAACAGACUUCACAAUGGAUGAAGUAUCUAAGAUUGUUGAAGAGCUGGGAAAACAAUUCAAGGGAGAUCAGUACCAUCUCCUAAGUAAAAAUUUGCAACCAUUCACGGCAGCAUUAACCAAGAUUCUGUGUGGGAAAGAACCCCCAAAGCAAUAUAAAUAGACGGGCCCAUACGUGAGCCCGUAUCCAUUCCUUGAGCGUGCUUUGCCAAAGGAAUGGCUCACUCCAGUUGCUUUACAACAUGUGAUAGAGCCGGCUUCAGAAAUCUCAAGUUCUGAAGGGGCUGACAUCCACCUUGUGCCAAACUCUCAGCGAACUAAUAGGCACCUACUUACUCCCCCACCCCCUCUUCCGUGA